GGCUUUACCUCUAGCUCCAGCUCCAGCUCUAUGCACGCAAUCGAAAUCUGUGUGAAAUGAUGCGAUGCGGCGCAACCAUUAGAGACUGGUCCACUACAAAGUAUGUGCAUCUCCGAGUGGAUCGUGCUUUACAUCUCUAGUCUCCAGGAACGAUCUGUGAUUAUUUCUGUGGAUAAGUCUAAUAUCCGUCAUCUUGUAAUUUGGAAUCUAUAACAGCAAGAGAAAUCGUGUCUGUCAGUGUGAGCUGUGAGACAGAUCCUUCUAAAACAAACCACCAUUCCUUCAACUUCAUCAAUUCCAAUCACAACAAAGAGAUUGUGCCAUCUUGCACCAACCUGCCGGGACAAAGACGGUAGGAUCUGCGGGGAUCAAGGGCCACAAUUUCUCCAUCGUACACCCCCAGACGAAGACGCUGAAUCUCUUUUGUUGAGGGGUUGAGGGCUGGGAGACAGGGGUCUCCUAUGCCUAGUCAUGCCUAUCUGGGGAGGGGGCACUGGGGGCAUGGCAUCCGGAGUGGCUGCUAUAGGAAGCAUCAGGGGACUUCAUCAUGCUGCUAGUAGCCCGAAGUGUGUGGGUGUCAAGCUCUGGGAUGGAGAACUACAACUCAAUGUGGAGGGGAAGGCCAAAGUGCAAGAUUUGUAUGACCAAGUGUGCUUUACACUGUCAAUAAAAGAAGCUCAGCUAUUUGGAUUGACAAUUUUACGAGAAAAUGGAGAAUAUGAAUUUCUGGAUCUGAAGACCAAGAUUUCAAAGUAUGCGCCAAAGGGAUGGAAGUCUGACUCUAAUGAUGGACGAGACAAGACUGGGAAACCCCUUCUUUCUUUUUACCUCAAAGUGCAAUUGUAUGUGGAACAUGUAUCCUUACUGAAGGAUGAUGUGACACGUCACCAUCACUAUCUACAGCUGAAACAGAACGUACUCCAGGCUCCGGUGCUCUGUCGUGAGGAGGCGUGCUUCGUGCUAGCAUCGUACGCUCUCCAAGCCGACAUGGGAAACUUUGAUGAGGUAGAACAUGCCGGAAGAUACUUUGAACCAGCCAACUACUUCCCUGAAUGGGUGAUCAAAAGGAGAGGGGAGAAUUACAUCAUCAAACACGUCCCCUCGAUGCAUAGAGACCAGAAAGGCACCACACCAGCCCUAGCGCAGAAAGCAUUCAUACGAGAAGCAGCUUCUACACCAGAACAUAACAUGCACUUCUACAGACUCAAGAAGACCAAGACAGAACAAACUCCAUCGAUAUGGCUUGGUGUGUGUACAAAAGGCAUCCAUUUAUAUGAGGAUUCCUCUGAUGGAAAGUACCUUCUGUGUGAGUACCCGUGGGUUGAUAUCAAGAGGCUGAUAUUCCAGAAAAAGAAGUUUGAGCUUCUCGUGGAGGGAGUGUCAGAUGGACGAAAGAUCACAUACUAUACAUGCACUGAAGCAAAGUCCAAACAUCUUUUGAGGCUGUGUAAGCUAACCCAUGCAUUCCAGAUGCAAACACAAACAUUGGUAGAUAGAGCACGUAUCAGAGAAAGUGCAUCAGAGAAGAAACGCUAUCGUGAGUCUUACAUCAGUGGUGAUAUCUCCUGGUCAGAUCUAGACAGCUCCAUGACAACCACAUCUCAUAGCGAGAUGUCGACCACCAAGGUGGACCAGAGGAUGUCUGUCAUCAGCAACGUGAGCUCCGUAGCGACCUCUGGCAUCGUGUCAGACGAGAGGUCACCGGUAGAGAAGACAAUGAGUGAAGAUGAUGACCUGUGUUCCCCAUACAAAGUAAUUGAGAUGCCUCCAUCAGCAAUGACAUAUAUCCCACAACUCGAAUCCCACCUAACUCUACAACCUUCUACUUCAAGAGAGGAUAUGCUGCUAUACUCUGAUAGUGGCUCCAAGCGACAUUCGGCCGCCAUGUCUGAUGCUUCCAGUCACAGAGAACACAAUGCAACUCAUUCAUCUUCCUCCAGUGAGCGGGGCAAACCAGGGAUGAUACAUCACGAGGCUUCUGCUAUGCUGAGUGAAUCAGAAUGGGCAUCUGAUGAUGAGGCAGAGGAUGAUGAUGAAGAUGAGAGGAGAUACCACAAGAAGCACAGCCGAUCCAACAACCAUCAUCAACUCAUCGACACAAGGAAAAUCAGAGCAGAAAUUGCAGAUAAGGAUGUGACUGCUCCCUUGCUGAGUGCCCUAUGCAAUGAUCGCUCACUCUUGAUGAUGCAACAGCAGAAACAAAGCAAUACAACUCUUGAAGACAAUUCAUUGGGAAGCAAUGACUUGAGUCGAACGUCCAGUAGUCGCGGGUCUGGCUCCGUCCACGAGAAGAGCUACCACGAAGAUUUGAACACGUCCUUGACCACGCUCGUGAGUCACAGCUCAAUAGACUCAGACAUGCAUAGCUCUGUCUUGGAGAGACUCAAUGCAAAGUCCUGCUCCAUGAUUAAUACCAUGAACUCCUUGGGGUACUCACAAGGAAAUCUCUCCAAACAUCAGACAUUAUCAACCUUGAACAAUCUAGCAGACAUGGACAUCACGCUCAUGGACAAUACGCCUUUCACGGACAAUACACCUUUCGAUGUCAGGUUAAGCUUUGACUCGGCCAGUGAAGGCAGGGUCAAAUGUCAAACGCUGCCGUCCAAGAUGAAUGCCAGUGAGCAGAUGCUGCUUCUUGGUGCAAGCGUCAACUCAGUCCAACGUGACGAAACUGUUUCUUACUCUGCCCCUAAUCUUUCACCCGGUGCUCAAGUUCCUAUUGCCAGUCAUUGAGGAAAGGUCAUUGAACUUUCAAUGAGGACAUACAUACAUAUAUAUAUAUAUACAUAUAUAUAUAUAUAUAUCUCCACUGAGGACCUUUUUUUAACUGAACAGAGGUCAGUGACCUUCCAUCAAAACUGUUGUUUAAUAGGUUUGUAAGAUUUUCCUACAAACUUGCUGCAUUUACAAUAGGAAAUCCUAUAUUGAGGCUGUCUUGUAUUCAUACAGAACAAUGCAAAUACACAUCUAGGUAUUAUGAUAUUUGCGCAAAUUUUUUAACUCAGCUCAUUUUUUUGCUUUUUAUAUAUUUUUAUUUGUUUUUAUGUUUUUUGUCAUAUGUGAUAUAAGGUUUACUUUAUCAUUAAACUAAUAUCAUUGAAAACUCAUUCAUGUUAAUUUUAGAGAUAUGACACAAUUUAAAUUUAAGAAUUUAACCAACUCAAAAGAAGUAUUAUUCUUGUAAAGUCACUCUGAUGUUAAAUAUUAAACUAACAUGCAGUAUUUGUCACCCUGUACUGUGUACACAAUUUGAAUUUCUAACAAUAGAAUUUUUGAUUUCCAAUUUGUUUCAUUUAGUGUGCAUUGCAACACUUGUUACUUGAUCAUGAUAAUGUGAUUUUAUUGUAUUGUUAUUUGUGAUUUUGUGUUGUCUUGUAUGUAAUUCAGUUCAUAUAUGUUUUUAAUGCCAUUUUGAGUUCAUUUUUGAAUUUUGUCACUGAAAAUAAAAAAUUCUCAGUAUUUCAGUGUACUUUUUCCUUGCAUAUUGUUAAGGAUUUUGAGAUUAUUUAUUUAUCUUAACAAAUAUGUGGGCAAUUAUACAUUUGAAAGGCCACCAGAAACAAUUCAAGACUUUAUUUUGGUCAUGCUAGUGCUACGCCACUUUCUGUUUGGCAGAUGGAAUCGACUAAAUUCCAAGAAAGAUGCAAGACAUUUUCAAAUUGUUUGAUAUGAUCUGUAGUUUUAACCAUGCUGAUAAUGACUGAGGUCACAAUGCUUCGUUUAAGCUUGCAAUGUUUUUCAUUCAAGAGACAAGAAAAAGAAACCAUUUACUAACAUAACUAGAGAAACUUCUUAUACAUCGAAAACAACAAGUCUUCAUGGCGAAUGAUUUCUCUACUGCCUGUAUAGCAUUUUAUCUUAAAAGACCAUUCUGUUUUUAAAUUUAGGUUUUUAUUUGCUUACUUUGUUUUGCACAAGUUAUCUUUUUUUCCCCCUCUUUUUUAAACUUCAUGUACAAUAGGUUCAAAAUGCAGAAUGUACAGGUUUUUUGUUUUAUCAGUAUUCACUAUUGGUUUUAGACGUUACGUUUAUUUAUAUGAGUUUGAUAUCAGAAAUAUUGCAAUUGCAAUGAUGUAUACAAACAGACUAUUUACAAUGUGAAUGUUCAUGAAUGCAAAGCUUUUUAUUCAAAAGAUUCCCAAAAUUUGGAUUUAUAGUCUGGUAGGGUGAAUCUUCACUUUCAAGAAAUCUUUGAAAGCUUUACACUCAAAUAAUAGAAUGAGUUGUAUGAAUAUUAUAUGCAGUAUGUACUUUUGAAACUUUAUGCACAAAAAGAAGAGACAAAAUUAUAUAACCUCUGACAGUAUUGGAAACAAAAUAUGAAUACUGUGAAGUAAACAUUUCAGAGUACAGAACAAUGACGAGGGGACCUGUUGCAUUAAAUCUAAGUCACGCUUAAUGAAAUUGUUUUUUUCCCACACAUCUUUUCAAAUAGGUGUAUGAUUUGGGAUUAACUUUAACUAGACUAAUGAUGGUUUUAUGCAAUGGGUCAGCCAACUCAUGAUGAUCAGAAUCAGGAAUUCAUGCAGUCAGUAUUCACAUAGAAAUUAUAAUGCAAAGUAUGAUAGUUAUAUGAUAUCAUCAUGAUGCUCGAUUGUUAUAUUUAUGGAGUGUGUAAGAGGGUUUAAAUUCAACUGUGACAGUGUCUCAGUUCAAGAUGACAUGUAAAGAGACAUGCCUGAAGGUGCGUUCACAUAUGACAGAGUACACCACAACAGAUAUCAUUUUGUUUACAUGUAAAUGGAUGGUCGCUAGGAUGAGAAAAAUUACUGCACAUGGCAAAGUUUCUGCAUAUACUCACUUAUCUGUGUGUUAUAAGGUACAGAAAUGUGAAGAGCAUCAUGCUUGUGUCAAUUUAUCUUGCCCUGGCGGUUUUAUGGGGCAUAUGAGAAUGAGCCUUGAACUUAUCAUCUGUAUAUAGAGAGAAAGAGAGAGGGAGAGAGCCAUGAGAUAAUACCUUCAUACUAGCUAGUGCUGGAAAGGUGCUAAUUUCAAACAAAAGAUUCUAGUGUCCGAUGUGUUCUUGCAUUAUGUUUAUGGAGUGAUAGUGGUACUCAAACUACAUGUACCGGUACUACUUGACUUUUAACAAUUCAGCUAAAAUUUGAACCAUAUGUUCCAGUAGGAAUAUAUAAGAAAAAGCCCACCAAACUUUACCUCUUUGUCUCUUUCCUCCCCUUCAAGUCAGAAUUGAUGUUUGAUGUUUCAUUUAGAUCCUAAAGAUAUUUUUGAUAUUCAAGAUACAAAGAGUUAUGCUGCAUCAUGAUGCCCCUUUACCAAUAACAAAAAUACAAUGAGUACAAUGAACCUCAUGUAUUUAUAUUUAAGGCAAACAUGUGCCCUGUCUUUUAAGACUAGCCCAUGGUCCGAGUACAAUUCUUAAAUCAACCAUGUAUUGGUGAAAGGGUUUUGAAAAUUGAAAUUCAUUUACCUCUUGAUUAUGUCUCUUUCAGGAGUCAUGAAAUUAAUGCUGCAUUGAUUUCUGCAAUGCGAUCAUUGCAGGAAGCGUUUUUGAUGUAUCUUUUGUAAUCGUCCCUUGAAUGAUGCCUUUGUAAUUUAUAUGACAACAUCAUAUCUUUAUACUCGGAUAUUAAGCCCAGAUGAUUGUAUAUUUAUUGAUUGAUCUCAUAAAACUUUCAGACCAUUUCAGCAUUUUUGUGGGGUGAAAAAUUAUUUGAGGUAUUUUCAUUUUGAGGCUAUGGAGUUCAUAAAGGAUAUCUUUUGAUAUCCUAUUCUCAGGUAUCUAACUCAUUUAGCUUUGAAAUCAUGUCAUUAUUUACUUUUUUCUUUCUUAAAAUGUUUGAAAGCUAUGCAACGGUGUUCUGAUGGUGAAAGCAUAUAUUGAGUCAAGCAUACAUCGUUUUUGACAAAGGGUGCCUGUUUUUUAACAAACACAAGAAAGAAUUUUUGACAUUAAUUACAAAGAAAUUGGAUUAAAUGUAAAACAAACCUGCAGAUAAAAAUAUUGAUAUUGAAUUAAAAACAUUUAUUCCAUGUACAAAAAAAAAAAUUCUUGAUAGGGUAUGAAACAUAGACUCAGUUUGUGUGUAACUUUCCAUUCCAUUUCCCAUGAAUUCUGUUUUUCAUAUAUUUCUCAAAGCAAGUGUAGUGGCAUACGAUUUAGUGCUUAUCAGUGAAAUUAUGUCAGUAAUCCAUGUUUUGAUGAAUUAAUUUCCAAAAUGAUAGUUGGCAUUGACAUGUGCCUAAACUAUUUCAGUCCUUACAGUGUAGUUAUCACCUUGAAUAUUUAUACUGAUAAUUAUAUGUUGUCAAAAAUAUGAAUCAAAUAAGUUGAAUUAGGAUUCAAAGUUUUAAAUUUAAUUUAAGUUUCCCCAUUUUAUAUUCAUGUUACUCAACUUCGGUCACUAUUUUUAUAAAUACAUAUAUAUAUAUAUAUAAUUUUGAUUACACAAAAAUUUUGACUCUAGUUACAUGAUUUUUUAAUAUUUUGUAUUCUAAUGAUGUUAAAUCAAACGCCUUUUUAUACAUUUUGACAGCUCAAAUCUGAGAAAGCUUAUAUUAUUGAUUUUGGUAUGAUUUUCACAAUGAUGUAAUAUUCUAAGUACCAGAAUGGAAACACCCCCUACGUUGUAAUGAUUUUGUUUGCUGCUCAGAUGAUCAGGGAGUUGCAGUGAAGCUUCUCGUGAAAUAAAACCAUUUGUUGUGUUUUUAUUCAUGUGUAAUUAAGAAUGUUAAAGUAGUCGGUAAAACUACUGGUAUUUAAAAUAAGUUAACAGGCCAUAUAAGUAAACAUUGGCUUAUACCAGCUUUUAUAGACAAAAAUAAAUUGUACAAUUAACAAUUAACUGUGAUUUGAAUUGAACAAAGCAGGCUUCUGGUAACAAUAUUGUGACAGCAGUACUUUAACUGACAUGCAGUGAACAAAGUAAAGAAAAGAACAUAUACAGGGUGUCUUAUAAAUGCAUUGGAGUAAUCUUUUCAUAUAAAACUAAGUAGAAGUAUUAUUGUAUUUAACAAUGCAUUUUGUUAUCCAUAAAUAUUUGGUUUCUUGACAGAAAACUUGUGUAUUAUAGUUUGAAACUAACUAUCAAAUCUGGCACAAUUAUAUUACGCUCAAUAUUAAUAUCCCAUUUAAAUUUAUAUUUUUAAAGGAUUUGAAAAUUAUCUUGAAAUCAUAGUCUGCAAAAUCUCAUCUCAGGUUUUUAAAAUAGUUUUUUUUUUAAAGAGUUUGAGUAGGAAAAAAAGUAAUUUAGCUUGUAUUUUCAAGAUAAUCUAUGUUCCUUAUACCAAAUGUCGCUGAAUAAUAAUUUGUUUUUAUUUGUAGUCUUAUGUAAUACUUUUUUUUAUCAGAAAGAAUUGUAUAUGUUCCUGCCAAUAACAUAUAGACAUGAUGAGCAGAGUUUAAAAAUUGAUUCCAUUAUUUUUCAUGCAUGCCAGGAAGAUCAUUAUUUGUAGAAAGAUUUGGCGGAUAAUGAUCCAUUUUCUACCAGAAAUUAUUUGUUGUCUGAGUAUUUAUGUUUUCGUUAUUGUUGUAUGUAUUAUGUCCAUGUAUUUGUUUCUGUUUUGAUUUUAACUGAUUAUCAUCUAUUAUUGUAUUCCUAUAUAGUUUAAAAAGUAUGAUUCCAUUGUCUAACUAAUUCUUAUGAUAACAAUUGUAUUGUAAUGCUUCUUAAGCAUAAUAUGUAUGUUUAAGAGAAUUAAAUUGAUUACCCAAAUAAAAAUAUGAAUGCAUAUUAUGUAAAAACAAAAA